UCUUUCUCUAAGCACGCCAAGCCCCCUUUUUCAUUCCCUUUUGCUAUGAAGUAUCAUCAUCAUCAUCAGCCCACGCUCCAAAAUCAUAUCUCCCAUCCUUUGUCAUAUGACCUUAGCCCUUCUGCCACCUAAAAACUCUCAUUCAAAGACAGAUCAACAGAAGUUAUGCUGCAUUCCCACAAUACAAGAUCCAUUUUGCUAGUUCUUCUUAACCCCACCUCUUCUAAAACAACAGGCAGUCUAUUUCUUAUCGAUUACUGUCACAGCCACCUAACGUAUACUGUCUCCUGCUCUUGACAUGAUACAGACACAAAACAAGAACGUUUUUCACUUAUUUUUCCCUGCUCUUUAAUCCAUCAAAGCUUUUCUGCCAUGUAAAUUACCGGAAACAGUCCAAACUGUCCUCUUUGCGACCUCACCCUUGUUACAUCUGCAAGAAAAUAAGCUAAUCUAGAUUUUGUUAUUACACAUUUCAAGCUCUUCUUUCAAUCUGCCAGCUUCAGAAAAUCAGGAAAAAUGGCACUGCUAUGCACAUCGAAGCCCGAGAGUAUCAGGAACAACCGUACAGGUAUUACAUGUUUACAUCCAACGUCUUGUAAAACAAGUUCAGAUUAUCAUAUGGGCUCCCUCUUCUCUCUCACGUUCAUAGUUCUUUCGUGGGCAUCAUCUGCAUCAAUAAAAUCUGAAGCUCAAGAGAUCAAAUCAGCUCAUCUUCUCGAUCUUUACAUUAGAGAUUACACGUUUAAGGCCUACGACCAACACUUCGGGACUGGAAUAUUGCACACUGUACAUUUACCGUCAAACUUCUCCGGCAUCAGGGUCGACAUGGUGAGAUUCAGAUGUGGUAGUCUCCGAAGAUACGGUGCACAGGUUAAGGAAUUUCAUCUGGGUAUUGGAGUGACUGUGCAUCCAUGCGUGGAGAGAGUCAUGAUAGUUAGACAAAACUUGGGGUAUAACUGGUCUUCCACAUUCUAUGCUAAGUAUGAUAUCUCUGGGUACCAACUUGUUUCCCCUGUUCUAGGUCUUCUAGCUUAUAAUGCUGGGUCCAACAUGAACCUUAGCAACCCUUUUGAGCUUGGAAUUCUUGCAGGAGAAAAGCCCAUCACAGUAGAUUUCAGCAACACCACAAAGUUAGCCAAGAUACAGGGAAAUAGCCCAUAUUGUGCUAGUUUUGAGAGUGAUGGAAAAGUCACACUAGCAAAUCAGGUAUCACCAUAUGUGUGUGUUGCAAAGAGACAUGGCCAUUUUGGAUUGGUCAUUGAGACGCCACCAGAGCAGUUAAGAACAGAGAUUAGCCGGUGGAAAGUGGUGGUUGGAAGUUCAGUAGGAGCUGCAUUGGGUGCUUUUCUUUUGGGUUUACUUCUGUUGGCAUUGUUUGUUAAGGUAAAGAAGAAAUCAAGAAUGGAAGAGAUGGAAAGAAGGGCCUAUGAAGAAGAAGCUUUACAAGUUUCUAUGGUUGGACAUGUGAGAGCUCCUACAGCAGCUGUCACUCGAACAUUGCCUACAAUUGAGCAUGAGUAUGUACAUCCUAACCAAGGAUUUGUUCAUUUGCGUUUGUGA